UCUUCCAUGAAUGUUCCCUAGGUUGGGAUUAUCAAAACCUUGGAGUUCUCAACACUGAAAUGCCUUUAGUUAUGGCUGAGAAUAAUAUUGCACCAUGUUUCUCACCUCUAGAGUCUGAUUUCUCAUCUGGGUACUUGGAAGACGCUUUAAUUGAGUUUACUUCCAAACGUCGCUGCUUGCUGCCUCAUACAGAUGGACAAAGCAUGAAUGUCGACAUUGAUCUUCAAAAGAACUUUUGGAACUUCGAGCCCAUAUGGCACCAACCAGCAGAGAAUUUCUAUUGCAUAAGCAUGAGCCAGAUAGAAAGCAACGUCAGGGAAUUUUCAGAUGAGCACGUAAGCAUGUCCAUGAGCAGAAUCAAAGAGGAAUCGAACAUUCAAGCAAUGACAAAAGGACAAGAAAAGACAACAUUAUCAACCUAUGAAUCCCCUGAUUCAUCCUCAUCUUCCUACAAAAUCCAAGUUAAAUCCACAACCACGGAUGAGGAGAACCUAGUCUGCACAGACCCCACAACUGCCUCCUCAGCAGGAUGUAGCAGUGAGAAGAGGAGGAAGAGGGUGAUAUCAAGAGUGGUGUAUCCAUUUGCAAUGGUCAAACCAGGAGGGAUCAGGGAAGGGGAAGUGACUUUGAAUGACAUAAAUAAGAGGAUCCUAAUGCCUCCAACGAGGCCAGUGAGGCACCCCGUCGGAGACUUUGCGAGCCGGCCAUGCUUGUCAGCCACCGGGGCAGGCCUUUCAGGCAAAGCAGUGGUGGCCCUCACUAGGAUUCACACUCAGGGAAGAAGAGGCACCAUCACUAUAAUCAGAACCAAGGGUUGAUCACAACAAUUUCAUGCGCCGGAAUUGAAGCAGCUUUUUGGUUCACACACACACACACCGAGACAUCGUGUGUAUGUGUGUUUGUUUGGUUGUUUUUAUUUAGACCUUCCAAGUUUCAAUUGUAUAGAUAUAGAGCAAGUCAGUUAUAAUUAUGUGUGCCUUAAUUAAGUAUUAAAGCCGUUGUGGUGAGAUUUAUAUUUGAGGACCAACAGAAAAAGUUGUCUGGGGUGAAUUGAUG